AUGGAGCUGGAGCGGAUCGGUGGGGAUGGGGCGGGGGCUCGGGGGUCCUGUGGUCCGUGCCCCCCGCGGGCCGCGGAGCUGCCGCUGGCGCUGCUGGAGUUGGGCUGCGCGGGCGCUUCGAGCUGCUCGCGGGACCCCGGGGGAGGAGACCCCGAGCCCCGCGCCACGCUGCCCCAUGGGCUCCCCCUUCGCCCCUCCCUGCUGGCGGAGCUGGAGCAGCAAUUUUGGGGUCCCCGAGUGGCUCCCCUGCACCAGCACGAGCGGGCCCGCAGGACGUGGCAGCGGACGCCGGAGCCGCGGGCGCUGUGGGCUCUGGAGCCCACCCCGGUGGGGGGCAGCUCCGGGCCGAGCGGGACCCCGCACCGGUGCCCUCACGGCCUUCACCGAGGAGCUGCUCCCCACGUGGGGCUCUCGGCCUCCAACUCGGCCUCGCUGCGCCGGCCCCCCGGCCCCCCCAGCGAGGGGCUGCGGGGGGGGCUCUCCAGCUGCCCCUUCUGGCCAGACCUGCUGACGACUCCCGGGAUGAAACGGGGCGUCGACCUCCUGGAGACCCUCGACACCUUCGAGCUGGGGGCUGACGAGCCCAGGGGGGGCCCCGAGGAGCCCAAGGGGGCCCCCCAAAAGCCCCCCACGGAGGGGAGGAAGCAGGACCCCCGAGCCCGCCGGGCCCCCGGCGCCCCCGAGGAGGUUUGGGCUGAGAUGGUCGACACCAAAUCCCCCGUGGAGGACUUUGAGAAGCUGCUGCCAGACCCUGCCCACAAGUGGCCGUUCCGCCCGGACCCGUUCCAGCAGCGGGCAGCCCUGUGCCUGGAGCGGGGGCAGUCGGUGCUGGUGGCCGCCCACACCUCGGCCGGCAAAACCGCCGUGGCCGAGUACGCCAUCGCCCUGGCGCGGUGCCACAUGACCCGGUCCAUCUACACGUCCCCCAUCAAGGCCCUUUCCAACCAGAAGUUCCGGGAUUUCCGGGAGACGUUCGGGGACGUGGGGCUGCUGACGGGGGACGUGCAGCUGCGCCCCGAGGCCGCCUGCCUGGUCAUGACCACCGAGAUCCUGCGGUCGAUGCUGUACAACGGCUCCGACGCCAUCCGGGACCUGGAGUGGGUGAUCUUUGAUGAAGUGCACUACGUCAAUGAUGACGAGCGGGGCGUGGUGUGGGAGGAGGUGCUGAUCCUGCUCCCCGAGCACGUGAAGCUGGUGCUGCUCAGCGCCACCGUCCCCAACGCCCUCGAGUUCGCCCAGUGGGUCGGGCGCACGAAGCGCCGCUGCGUGCGGGUGCUCUCCACCCCGCGGCGCCCGGUGCCGCUGGAGCAUUUCCUGUUCACCGGGAACAGCUCCCGGACACGGCACCAGCUGUUCCCGCUGCUGGGCCCGGGGGGGGCCUUCAGCACCCAGGGGUACUACGCGGCAGUGGAGGCCAAGAAGGAGCAGAGCAGCAAACACGCGCAGAGCUUCGGGGCGCGCCAGCCCACCAUGGGGGUCACCAACCCCGGCCAGGAGCGGGGGGUGUGGCUGUCCCUCCUGGAGACGCUGCGGGAGCGGGAGCUGCUGCCGGCGGUGACGUUCACCUUCUCGCGGGGCCGCUGCGAGGACCAGGCGGCCGCCCUGGGCUCCCUCGACCUCCUGAGCGGCGCCGAGCGCGGCAGCGUCCGGCAGUUCCUGACGCGCUGCCUGGCCCGGCUGCGGGGCUCCGACCGCCGCCUGCCGCAGGUGUUGCAGCUGUCGGAGCUGCUGCAGCGCGGGAUCGGGGUGCACCACGGCGGGGUCCUGCCCCUGCUCAAGGAGGUCGUGGAGAUGCUCUUCAGCCAGGGGCUGGUCAAGGUGCUGUUUGCCACCGAGACCUUCGCCAUGGGGGUGAACAUGCCCGCGCGAACCGUCGUCUUCGACUCCAUCCGCAAACACGACGGGAACAGCUUCCGCGAUCUCCUGCCCGGCGAGUACACGCAGAUGUCGGGGCGUGCGGGGCGCCGGGGCCUGGACGCCACGGGCACCGUCAUCAUCCUCUGCAAGGGGCCGGUGCCCGACCUGCCCGACCUGCACCGCAUGAUGCUGGGCCGCCCGUCCCCUCUGCAGUCGCGGUUCCGCCUGACGUACCCCAUGAUCCUGCUGCUGCUGCGCGCCCCCGCCCUGCGCCCCCACGACCUGAUGCGCCGCAGCUUCGCCGAGUUCCCGCUGCGCCGCGACGCCACGGCGCAGACGCGUCGCGUGGCCGCCCUUCAGGAGGCGCUGGCGGCUCUGGGGGACCCCAAGGAGACCCCGGGGGACGCUGGGGACGUGGGGGACCUGCCCCAGUACCACCGAGCCGUCGUGGGGCUGCGCCGCGCCCGGGGGGUGCUCCAGCGGUGCCUGGCGCAGGCCGGGGGGCAGCGGGUGCUGGCACCGGGCCGGGUGGUGGUGGUCUGCACCCCGAGACACCGCAACGCGCUGGGGCUCGUCCUGCAGGUGAGCUCCGGGAGCUCCGGCCGCACCUUCACGACGCUGGUGCUGAGCGAGAAGCCCCCCGAGAACGGGGGGGCCCCCCCAGAGGCCCCCCUGGACGUGCCCUACCCUGAGGACCUGCUGCUCACCCGCCUCUUCCUGCCUGAGGGCCCCCCCGGGCACGUGCUGGAGCAGCUGCGCCCCGAGGACAUCGUGGGGGUCACGGCCAAGACCCUGCGGGUGAACCCCGAGACGCUGCUGCAGGAGCUGCGCCCCCCCAGGGGACCCCGGCCCCGGUCCCCCCCCCCCGGGGCAGGGGUGGGGGCAGCGGUGCAGGAGCUGGCCCGGCUGGCGGGGGGGGCCCCCAAGGACGGGGGGCUGCCCCUGCUGGAGGGUCUGGGGGUGCCCCCGGGCCGGGACCCCGAGGCGGUGGCGGCGGCGGCCGAGCUGCGGGCGCUGGGGGGGUCCCUGCGCUCCUUCCGCUGCGUCCACAGCCCCCGCUUCCCGCAGCAGUACGCCCAGUUCGCCGCGCGGCAGGAGCUGCUGGAGCAGCUGGAGGAGCUCCAGUUCCAGCUGUCGGACCAGUCCCUGCUGCUGCUGCCCGAGUACCACCAGCGCCUCGAGGUGCUGACAGAGCUGGGGUACAUCUCGGGGGGCGCGGUGGCUGGGGGCCGCGUGGCCGCCCUGCUGAGCACGGAGCAGCUGGUGCUGACGGAGCUGCUGCUCGGCAACGUCCUGGCCCCGCUGCGGCCCGAGGAGAGCGUGGCCCUGCUGUCCUGCCUCGUCACCCCCGGCCGCGGGGAAGCCCUGCCCGAGGGGCUCCCCGUGCCCCUCACACAGGCCCUGGAGCGGCUCCGGGGCGUGGCUGCCCGCGUGGGGCGGCUGGAGCAGGAGCACGGCCUCGGGCCCGGCCCCGACGACUUCGUGGCCCAGUUCGGCUUCAGCCUCGUCCAGGUGGUCUACGAGUGGGCCCGUGGCAUGCCCUUCGCGGACAUCGCGCGGCUGGCGCCGGUGCAGGAGGGGACGGUGGUGCGGGCGAUCCAGCGGCUGGAGGAGCUGCUGCGGGAGCUGCGCCAGGCCGGGCGCGUCGUGGGGGACCCGGCGCUGGCCGCCAAGAUGGAGGCGGCGGCCGCCAUGAUCAAGCGGGACAUCGUCUUCGCCGCCAGCCUCUACACCCAAUAAAGGGGGCGGGGACCCCCCCGCGCUGCGCCUGGUUCGGUCCGA